AUGCAGAAAGAAAUGAAGCAAGCGGAGACUCUUACCAAGACAUCAAGAAGACAAGAAGAUGAAGGGAAACAGGCCCCCACAGCACCGGAAAACAGGACUCAGGAGGAAGCAGAGCCCAAGCCACAGAGAAAACUUUUCCCAAACUCACUUCUUUUCCGACGUUGGGGUGAAAAUUUGACUGAAUCCCAACAGAUUCUGGCCCACGACCUCUUUGUCCAGUUUGGCUACAAUGUGUACCUGAGUGAUCGGCUGCCUCUCAAUCGCUCUAUUGAAGACAUUCGAAGCCGCAGGUGUCUUCAGAAGCAAUAUCCCCACAAACUCCCAACCCUCAGUGUUGUUCUUACAUUGAUGAAUGAAGCCAUGUCUGUUAUACAUAGAGCCAUCAUCAGCAUCAUCAGUAGGACACCUUCUCACUUGCUUAAGGAGAUCAUCCUAGUAGAUGACUUUAGUUCAAAUGAGGAGCUCAAGAGGGAUUUGGACAAACAGAUCCAGCUUUACAAAAAGAAGUACCCCAAGCUACUGAAACUAAUACGUCAUACCAAGAGAAGAGGGCUUACUCAGGCCCGCCUCUCCGGCUAUCAAGUUGCCAGAGCAGAUGUGGUUGCCAUCUUAGAUGCUCAUGUGGAAGUGACCACUGGAUGGGCAGAACCCAUCUUAGCUCGGAUCCAGGAAGACCACACUGUGAUUAUAUCACCAACGUUGGAUGGAAUUUCUUAUGAUACUUUCGAAGUGCUUCCACAUCCAGUAUCUCCCAUUGGUUUUGACUGGGAACUCUGGUGUUGUAUUGAUUAUAUGCCAAUGGACUGGUAUUUACUGAAUGAUGACAGUGCACCUGUGAAGAGUCCUUCUGUCAUGGGCAUCUUUGCUGCAAACAGGUUGUUCUUGGGAAAGAUUGGAUCCCUGGAUGCUGGGAUGUUGAUCUACGGGGGAGAGAAUGUGGAGCUGUCCCUGAGGGUGUGGCAGUGUGGAGGGAAGAUUGAAGUCCUACCCUGUUCCCGGGUUGCUCACGUAGAGCGAGCCACCAAGCCCUAUGCCUUAAAUCUGAGGUUACUCAUGAAACGCAAUGCUCUUCGUGUGGCUGAAGUCUGGAUGGAUGAAUACAAGUACAUGGUCUACUUGUCUUGGAAUGUGCCUCUGGAGAACCAUGGAGUUGACUAUGGAGACGUGUCUUCCAGAAAAAAGCUUCGAAAGAAACUUAAAUGCAAAAGUUUUGACUGGUACCUCAAAAAUGUUUACCCAUCUCUGAAUCCUGUUCCCAACAUUGUUGCCUAUGGACUGCUGCGAAAUUCUUUGGAUGAGAAGCUCUGCGUUGACCAAGGACGUCCCCAAGAUGGCAAUCCAGUCAUGUAUUACUGCCAUGGAUAUGAAACACAGAUUUUAUUUUACUCUCUGACUGGACAGCUGUAUCUGGGGAAGUUGUAUGAUAAAUGGCGUGCGUAUUUCCGAUGCCUGGCGGACCUUGGAGAAGGGGAGAAGCCAAAAUUACUGUCAUGCUCUGAAGCAGCUGAAAAUGGGACACAUAUAUUUUGGGAUUUCAAACAGGGGGAAGCUAUCAUCAACAGAAAUACCAAGAGGUGUAUGGAGCUCAAGAAGGGCCCUUCAGAAUCCUAUAUCAUAGUCUUCCAGGAGUGCACUGGGCAAUCAUGGAACAUUCAACAUUUUGUCAGAAACUCGCGGAUCCCAGAAACCUUUGGUUAA